AAACUGAAACCUAUGAUCUUACGGUUCCUAAAAGUCCUGAAAUAGCUAAUUCUAUAACAUUCGAAUCUGAUGAAGAAAAAAUUUCGUCUGAUAAUGAGGAUGUUGAACAUGAGUAUAAUUAUAGAGUAUUCAUUAAAUUAGAAAAUGGAACAUCUCUUCCAGCCAAAUGGUAUACGGCUAAAGUAUCUGCAGUCGAUAAAUUACUUUCUGAAAUUCAUUCCAAUAUUGAAACAUUAAUAAAAAAAUCAAUUGAAGCAAGUGAUUAUCGAGUUGCAUUUAAAUCAGAAAAAGGAACAGGAGCAGGCACACAAUUAGUAGAUGCUCAAGAUUUUAAAAAAUUUCAAAUGGAUUAUACUAAAUACUCUUUAAAAAAUGUUAGCAUGGUUUUUCUUAUAAUAUUUAUCAGUACUUCUUCGAAUCUAAAACAAAAAAAAUAUGAUGAAUCUGAAGAUAAUUCAGAUGAUGAUUUUACUACAACUUUCAAAAAUAAAAAUCGUAUUCCUAAAACUUCUAAUUUAUCACCUAAAGAAUCAAUAAUGGCAAGCAAAGUCUUGGAGAUUCAACCACCUACACAUCCUUUAUUUGCAUAUCAACAUCCUUCAAAAAUUAAAGCAUUGUCACCACUACCAUCACCAUUGCAAUCUAAUUCAAUACAGCAACCAGUAUCUUCAGGACAACUAUAUGCAGUACUUCCAUUUUACAAUUCAUUCCAAAUGUUUUUACCAUAUGUCCCUUCACAAAUUCAUGGAACACCUUUUCAAACAUCUAUUCAAAUGCCUUCUCAAUCAGCUACUAGUAUCAGAAUGACUUCACCUACAAUUA